UAAAUACUGAUUACAGAAUUUUUUUUGUGAAAAAAAGUUUUUUGAAAAAUUUCGAAGUCGACCUAAUUGAAUUGAACGAAUUUCGCAUUCAAAAGUUCUUCAAAAUGAGACCUGUUUAAUUUAAAUCCAUGAUGAUAUUUCAUGAUGUUUUCUAGGAUUCCCGCGAGAAAUAAAUUUGCCCAUGUCUGCUCCUAGAAGAUUCGGUCCACUGAUUGGAUCCGUAGAUGAAGGAACUAGUAAAGCUCGAUUUUUCAUUUUCGCUGCAGAAACAGCAGAAAUGAUAACAUACCAUCAGGUAGAUGUCAAAAGCAUCCAUCCUAGAGAAGGUUGGGUUGAGCAAAACCCUAUGGAAAUUUUACAUGCUGUGAAGAAGUGUAUGGAGGUGACGAUUGAUAAUUUAACGCAGUUGGAUAUCGACCCUUCUGAUAUCUUAGCCAUAGGUAUAAGUAAUCAGAGAGAAACGGUCGUAUUAUGGGACAAAUUUACUGGCGAACCGUUGUAUAAUGCAAUAGUAUGGUCAGAUGUUCGUAAUAAAGAUACCGUGCAACAAUUCAUUGCGAAAUCGAAAAGAAAAUGUGCAGAUUACCUAAAGCCGAUUUGCGGUUUACCUAUUUCUACGUAUUUCAGUGCUUUGAAGAUUAGAUGGUUGAUUGAUAACAUUCCCGAAGUAAAUAAAGCUGUGAUAGAAGAAAGGUGUUUGUUUGGAACCGUUGAUUCGUGGUUGAUUUGGAAUCUUACGGGGGGAGUGAAUAACGGUAUUCAUAUAACUGAUGUUACUAAUGCUUCACGUACCAUGUUAAUGAAUAUUGAUAGUUUAAAAUGGGAUCCGCUUUUAUUAAGAUUCUUUGAUAUACCUAGCGAAAUAUUACCAAAAAUUAGAAGUAGUUCUGAGAUUUACGGUUAUAUUGUGGAAGGAUUACUUCACGGUGUACCUAUUUCCGGCUGUCUCGGUGAUCAGCAAGCAGCAUUAGUUGGCCAAAUGUGCCUGAAAAAAGGUCAAAUGAAGAAUACCUACGGAACGGGAUCAUUUCUAUUAUACAACACAGGCAAAGCUAAAAUAUGGUCAGAUAAUGGCUUACUUACCACAGUAGCUUAUCAAUUCGGUCCAAAGUCGCCGCCUAUUUACGCUCUCGAAGGAUCAAUUGCUAUCGCAGGAGCUGCUUUAUUCUGGUUGAAGGACAACUUGAACAUAUUUGAAGACUUUUCGCAGAUAAGCGAUCUGAGCAAGGCGAAAACAACAAAUAAUAUUUACUUUGUUCCUGCAUUUUGUGGAUUAUAUGCUCCAUAUUGGCGCACUGAUGCUUGCAGUGCGAUGUUUGGUAUGAAUGAAAAUACCCAAAAAACCGACAUCAUUCGAGCAACCAUAGAAGCGAUUUGUUUUCAAACUAGGGAUAUUUUAGAAGCAUUAGCGAAAGAUUGCGGAGAGCGUUGCGUUAAAAAACUGCUAAUCGAUGGAGGAAUGGCGUGUAAUGAUUAUGUAGUUCAGUUAUUAGCCGAUAUUAUCGGAAUACCAGUAGUUCGACCAACGAUGACAGAAACUACUGCUUUGGGUGCUGCUAUUGCUGCCGGUUGUGCAGAGGGUAUUAAAAUUUGGGAUUUGAACAAAGUUCAACCCACUCCUAGUGAUACUUUUCAUCCUUUAAUUUCUAUUAAUGAAAGAGAUACGAGAUAUUACAAAUGGAAAAUGGCUGUUAGCAAAUCGUUAGAUUGGGAAAUACGUUCAGAAAUUAAAACGAAGAAUUGCACUGAUUUGAACGAAAAGAAAAUCCUUCGCAUGAUGCCUGCAACAGUAUUCCUCAUGUCUAGUUUCGGUUUAAUGUUGUUAGCAGAAUAUUUCCAAUGAAUGUCGACGUCGUCGUCUAAAACUGAUUAAAACGCUUUUCGUGAAAGUAGAUUUUAAGUAUUGAUUGCAUUUUCGCAACUUAUGUGUUCGCGUUGGAAAAGAAAACGCUUUCUUAGUCGUAUUAUUGUUGUUUUUGCCUAUUUAUUACAAAUUAUUAUUUA